AUGGAGACGGACAAGCCCUCCCCCGGGAACCGCAUGCUGCAGAUGGUCAGGACCCUUGCCCAGUUCACAAUCGCAUUGGAAGACAUGCGAGAACUCGGGGACGCCGCCGACACCACCUUGAGCCCCCCUUCCUUGGUCGGGGGAGCGGCCGAGGAGACCCCGGAGAAGAACAGCAGCAGCCCGACGAAGAACGGCACGGCAGAGUUUUCCAAGGAAAUCCUGGUGAACAUUUACUCCGCCUACAUCGAUAACUUUCUCAACGCCAAAGAUGCCGUGAGGAUCGCCAAAGAAGCCAGGCCGGCGUUCAUGAAGUUCCUGGAGCAAAGCAUGAGGGAGAACAAGGAGAAACAGGCGCUCUCGGACCUCAUGAUCAAACCGGUGCAACGGAUCCCGCGAUAUGAGCUUCUGGUCAAGGACCUCCUGAAACACACGCCAGAGGAGCACCCCGACCACCCGUUCUUGAUGGAAGCCCAACGGAGCAUCAAGCAGGUGGCUGAGCGGAUCAACAAGGGGAUGAAGAGCGCCGAGGAGGUGGAGCGGAACGCCCGGAUCGUGCAGGAGAUCGAGUCGCACAUAGAAGGGAUGGAGGACCUUCAGGCUCCGCUGCGGAAGUUCCUGCGCCAAGAGAUGGUGGUGGAACUGAAAGCCAUCGGGGGCAAGAAGGACCGCUCUCUGUUUCUCUUCACGGACCUGCUGGUUUGCACCACGCUGAAGCGGAAGUCUGGGUCUCUGCGGCGCAGCUCCAUGAGCCUUUACACGGCAGCCAGCGUGAUUGACACCACCAGCAAGUACAAACUGAUCUGGAAGAUGCCCCUGGAAGAUUUCGCUCUCGUUUCAGGGGCCUCUCAGUCCACCAACCGCGAGAGCAUCCAGAAGUCCAUCUGCCGCCUGGACGAAGACCUGAGCACCCUCAGCCAAGUCAGCAAGCUCUCCGAGACCCUCAGCUUCCCCCAUCAGACCCUGGACGACGUCAUCAAAGACCUGAUGGCCUCCAUCCACCGGGAGCUGGCCGAGAAGCAGUCGCUCUCCUUCACCAUGUCGUUCCCGCCCAACAAGAUGGAGCUCACCGUCUCCAAGGCCGACGGCAACGAGUCCUACAUCUUCGAGUUCCCCAACCCCGACGCGCGCCAGAGCUUCGAGCAGGCCUUUGAGGACACCAAGAAGAAGCUCGCUUCCAACAAAAAUUGCCUGGAUCCUGAGUUCCUAAAGGCGAUCCCCAUCAUGAAAACGAGGAGUGGGAUGCAGUUCUCCUGCGCCUCCCCCAGCCAUGGCAGUCCGGAGAACGCCUCCGAGGUGUGGGUGUGCAACAGCGAUGGCUACGUCGGGCAGGUCUGCCUCCUUAGCGUCAGGAAGGAGCCCAUCGUGGAAGCCUGCAUCGCCGUCUGCUCGGCCCGGAUCCUGUGCAUCGCCUCCGUGCCCGGACUGAAGAGAACGUUCCGGGAGCGUCCGGAGUGUUUGACCAGCCCGUCCUCCGACCCGGCCCAUGCCACGCCGGAUGAGGCCGGACCACAGCAGUGUUUGCACAUCUCCAUUUCUGGGUCUUCGCUGGAGCUCUCGGAACCGAUGGACAGCGGCAAUCGGGAGCUGGUGCCCUUCGACAGCGACGACACCGACGACGAAUCCUCGCCGAGUCCCUCCGGAACCCUCCAGAGCCAGGCCAGCCAUUCCACCAUCUCCUCCAGCUUCGGAAAUGAGGAGAUCCCGAGCUCUAAAGACGUGACGGCGGAAACCACUAGCUCGGAAGAGGAGCAGGAGCCGGCCGCCUUCCUCCCCAUCGCCAGCACUUUCGUACAGAACAGGAACAGCGAGAGCCCCAUGGACGGCCGGGCCAUGAGGCGGUCGAGUCGAGGGUCCUUCACCCGGGGCAGCCUGGAAGAGCUGUUGAGCAUCGACCCGGAGGCCUAUCAGAGCUCUAUGUGGCUGGGGACUGAGGAUGGCUGCAUCCACGUCUACCAAUCCUCGGACAACAUCCGCAACAGGAAGAACAGCAUGAAGAUGCAACACGGCGCUUCAGUGACGUGCAUCUUGUUUCUCGACAACCAGGUGUUUGUAUCGCUGGCCAAUGGCGAACUCAUUGCCUAUCAAAGAGAAGCAGGCCGUUUCUGGGACUCUCAGAACUCCAAGUCCGUCGCCUUGGGCUCCCCGGGCAGCCCCGUGACGAAGAUGGUGGCCGUGGCGGGGAAGCUGUGGUGCGGGUGCCAGAACCGCGUCGUCGUCUUGAGCACGUCUGCCCUGCAGCAGGAGCAUUCCUUCCAUGUCGGCCAAGACGGCAGCCGCAGCGUCACCUCCCUGGUGAGCUCCAGCGUGGGCGUCUGGGUGACCCUCCAGGGCAGCGCCCAGGUGCGGCUCUACCAUCCCGCCAGCUACGAGCAACUAGCGGAAGUGGAUGUCACCCCGCCAGUCCACAAGAUGUUGGCAGGGUCGGACGCCAUCAUCCGUCAGCACAAGGCCGCCUGCUUGCGGAUCACCGCCCUCCUGGCGUGCAAGGACCUGCUAUGGAUCGGGACCAGCGCGGGGGUGGUGCUGACGCUCUCCAUCACGGCCAACGCCGCCUCCUCGAAGACUCCGCCGUUGCCGGUGGGCCUCUCCCAGGGACACACGGGCCACGUUCGGUUCCUCACUGCCAUCGAGCUGCCGGAAGGUUUCGAUGUCCUCUUCCCCUUGCCCAGGGACACAGGUACGGAGAAGUCCAACGACAUGGAGAGACGCGACUCCACGAGACACAGGCCUCCCAAGUCGAAGAUGCUUGUGAUCAGCGGCGGAGACGGUUACGAAGACUUCCGGCUCACCAACAGCAGUGAGACGGUGGGACGGGACGACAGCACAAACCACUUGCUGCUCUGGAGGGUCUGAGCGUCGGAGUGGGGUGUGGGCCCCCUCUGGGGACAGCGAGAGAGCGCUUCGGUCCCGUCCUCGCCCGUUCACACACGCACACGUACCGCUCGUCUCCGUGUCUCAUCUCCCAUCUUGGCUGUCUCGAAUGGGUGCGCGUGGCCGCCUUCCGGAUCCGCCGCGCGGAGAGAGCGACGCCUCUGCGGCGCGUUGUGUACAGAUUUCCCCUGAUCCCCGCUCCCAGACAGAUCCGUGUUGCACAGUUUGCGCUUGCUGCCAUGUUUUGAGUGUAAGCGCAUGUGUGAGAGAUAGGAGGCGAGAGCACGGGGUGGGUAGGGGGCGCUCAUGAUACCUUGGGUCCGCCUGAAGGUCCCAAGAGAGGAAGAAAGAAAGAGGGACAAUCUAGGAAGCCGGCCCUUGCGUGAGAAAAAGAUUGUCUGCUUCUUGUGUUUCGCUUGGUAAGAAACCUCCCGACUAAACCAGCCAACCAGGAGCCGUUGGGUGUUUUGGCGCCCGCACUUUGAGGCCAACAGUGGAUUGUGUCAACGGAACGCCCCUUGGACAACCACCACUGUUAGCACAUUCACCCCAUGGAUUGGACACUGUAUCCCCCACCCUUUGGUUGCCUCGCACCAUCUUCCCUUGGACAUUAAUGUAGCCACCUCCACUCAGCGCCACCAUGAUAUUCCAUCCAUGUAGCCAGCACCAGUCAACCUUUCCCAGGAUUCUCACGAGAACCACUCCACGACAUCACCAUGCCAACAUCAUGGACUCUCUCCCUC